ACUGGAGGAGUGUGAGCAAUAUGCUGAGGCUGAGAAGGAAGCUUUGAAGGGUUUGGAACUGAAUCGCUUCGACUGCUGGUCCACCCAUGCACGUGCACACAUAAUAGAAAUGCAAGGACGAUUCGAUGAAGGUAUUGCAUUUAUGGAGAGCACCGAAGAAGACUGGAAACGAGGAUGGAUGCUGGCCGCGCAUAAUUACUGGCACAACGCUCUGUAUUACCUUGAAAAGGACAUCACUGAAGUCCCACUGGAAAUUUAUGACAGGCAAAUCAUACCACGUGCAAAGAAAAGCGGUGCCAUGUUGGAUAUUGUGGAUGCGGCAUCGAUGCUAUGGCGUCUUGAACUCGAAGGUGUCGCAGUGGGAAAUAGGUAA